CACUACAAAAUUUAUAUUCCGAUUAUUUUAUUGCGACUAAUCCAUUAUUGUCAUCACUAUCAUAAACAGAAAUAUUGUUACAUAUUCAUAUGUAUAUUAUUUUGUUUAAAUAUGUUGCUAAAUUUAAGUAUUUUGACAUUAAAUGUUUGGGGAAUUCCGUUUCCUUUUAUUUCCAAGGACCGUGAGGCACGUAUAGCAGCAAUUGGAUUAGAACUUAGUUCUGGCAAAUAUGAUAUAGUUUCACUACAAGAAGUUUGGUCUCGUAAAGAUUGUGAAACACUUAAAAAUGCUACCGAGUCAGUAUUGCCGUAUGCUCACUAUUUCUACAGUGGUGUUAUUGGUUCCGGUCUACUGGUAUUGUCUAAAUACCCUAUUCUAAGCUCUUUCUUUCAUCCGUGGAGUGUUAAUGGUUACUUUCACCGUAUUCAACAUGCAGAUUGGUUUGGAGGCAAAGGCGUUGGUUUAUGUAGAAUCCUUGUCGAUAAGCAUGUGGUCCAUCUAUACAAUACUCAUCUUCAUGCGGAAUAUAACAACAACAACGAUGAUUACAAAACUCAUCGUGUAAUACAGGCAUUUGAUACUGCACAGUUCAUACGUGCAACAAGGGGUGAUUCUGUUUUACAAGUUCUUGCUGGGGAUUUAAAUGCUCAACCUCAUGACUUAACAUACAAGGUUCUCUUGUACACAUCAAAAAUGAAAGAUUGUUGCAAUUCUAAGAAUAUUGUAACAAAUGAGUAUCAAAAAAAUUCGUAUACCUCAAAUAAUGGAGCCAAUGCGUCACCUGGAAUUCAUAUAGAUCAUAUAUUUGCUAGAAGUUCUGAAAAUAUUGCUCUAUCCAUUAUUGACUAUGGCCUGCCAUUGACCGAAACAGUACCUGGUCAAAAUUUCAGUUAUUCCGACCACGAAGCUGUAUUAGCAAAGCUUCAUUUAAGAGACGCUGCACAUAAUAUUGGUGAAGGUGCAUGUGCUGCUGUUACUUCUAUAAAUAAUGACAAUUUUAUUAGCGAAGAAGCGCCGUUUAAAACUGAGGGAUGUUUUAUAUCGAGACGUGUUGCUGCGUUGCAUGAAUCGAUCUCAUUAUGCGAAACCUCGUUAGAGCAAUUGAAUGUAGACCGGAUAUUUUACUAUAGUGUCGCCGUUAUACUUGCGUUUAUUUUAGUAAUUUUCUUGGAGUACCCAGCUCCAUUAGGAUUUAAAACAGUGUACAUUAUAUUGAAACUUUUGAUAUCAGGUAGUUUACUAUUUUGUAUUUUCAUGGGAUCUGUAUGGAAUUACAUGGAAUUGAAUGGUAUAUUGUCUGGAAAGGUAGGCAUGGAGUUAAUGUUGCGGUCCAUUGAAGUAUUCGAAAACGUACCAAAGCAAUGAAAGUAUUUUGUUUGUAGGAGUCAAUAUUUUAUUGUAUAAAACUAUAUUUUGAAGAAGUUUAUUCCAACUAUAUAAAUAAGCUCAAAAUGCAUUUAAUAUUAAAUUACUGUUAGUAGUUUGAUUUUCAUAGUGUAAACAUAUGUAUAUAUACAUAAGUGUAAUAAAUAAAAUAUGUGUAUACAU